AUGCGAUCGCAAGAAGGAGCAAUCUUUUUUAUUAUUAAUAUUAUUGGAAAUUUUGGAACUGUCUUUCUUGAUAAUGGAUAUUAUAAUAAGGCGAUUGCUGCUUCACCUGUUUCUGCUCUGCCUGGCUACAUUCUUGGUGGGAUCUCAUGGUUUGCUGUUCCAUUUCUUGCUGCAACCACUAUGGGGUUGGCUGCUGUUGCACUGGAAAGCAAUCCAGCAUUUCCUAGUUAUCCAAAUCGAUUGAAUCCAGCAGAUGUGAGCGCCGGUUUGACUUUACCAGCCGCUGCUGUAGCUCUACUUGGAAAAGCUGGAGCGAUAGCUACUUUAAUCAUGGUUUUUAUGGCUGUCACAAGUGCUAUGUCUGCUCAAUUGAUUGCUGUAAGUUCGAUUAUCACCUAUGAUAUUUACAAAACCUAUUUCAAUAAAGAAGCUAUUGGCAAAAGACUUAUCUAUAUCUCACAUGUUUCGGUCAUCAUUUUCGGUCUUAUUAUGAGUGCUUGGUCAACUGGAUUAUAUUAUAUAAAUAUAAGUAUGGGUUAUUUAUAUUUAUUAAUGGGAAUAAUCAUUUCGAGUGCCGUCAUUCCUGGUGCUUUAACAUUACUAUGGAAUCGGCAAAGCAAAUGGGCAGCCUGUCUUUCGCCACCAUUAGGCCUUGCUUGUUCACUCACUGCAUGGUUAGUCACAACUAAAACUAAAUACGGUACAAUUACUGUUGAAACAAGCGGAUCAAAUAUUCCAAUGCUUGUUGGAAAUGUUGUUGCUUUGUGUAGUCCUAUUGUAUUCGUACCGAUUCUUUCAUUAAUUGCUCGUGAUAAAGUACCAUAUGAUUUCAAUUCAAUGAAAGAAAUAAAACGAGAUAAUGAAGAUUCACCCAACAUUCCUCAAUUGACUGAAGAAGAAAUCGAACGCGAAGUAAAUUUAUUAACAAGAAAUUUGAAUAUUGCACGAGUUACAGCCAUUAUUCUUACCUUAGCUUUCAUUAUACUUUGGCCAUGGCCUAUGUAUGGAACAUCUUAUAUUUUUAGCAAACGAUUUUUUACUGGUUGGGUUGUUGUGGGAAUCAUUUGGAUAUUUAUAUCAUUUUUCAUCGUUGGCAUUUUUCCCCUUUUCGAAGGUCGUCAUUCGAUUGUCUCUGUUAUUAAAAAGAUGUUUAAAGAUUUGAUGACUUGUGGAAAAGACAAAAGUGAAGAGAAACAGACAAAGGAUCCAACAAUAGAAAAAAGUGAAAAUUCUACGAAGGAGUAUCCAGUAAUAUAUCUCUAA